CACGGAACACAGCGCCCCGAACCUCGAUCACAUCCUUUGUAAGUUGGCACUGUUUUUAAAGAAGUCGGUCAAUGCGAUGUGCCAUUAUUUAGCCGGUUGAUAACCAAGCAUGCAUCAACAACCUGAAGCUCAGGUCAUGCAUGCAGCUUGGCCUAUAGCGUGUGCAGUAUAGAACCCAACCCCAUUCACACUACAGUGCAGGGAAGGGCAGAGAGGGUGUGCUUGACUGAAAACCCGGCCCUGCUGCUCCAUGUUUCCUAUGCUAACCCUUCUGAGCAUGUUUUACUAUAUCUGUCUACGGCGGCGCUCCAGGAGCGGGACGCGGAGUGAGGCAUUGGGCAGCCGGCGGGCGGUGGAACUGGGCCAGCGUUCGGCACUGCCUGUCACAGUAGAGGUCGAGCAGUAUGGAAAGGAGGUCCUGGAUUUCAGCUCCCACUAUGGCAGCGAGAACAGCAUGUCAUAUACCAUGUGGAACUUGGCAGGAGUACCUAACGUCUACCCGAGCUCAGGAGACUUCACCCAGACUGCCGUGUUCCGCACUUAUGGAGGCUGGUGGGAGCAGUGCACCAGUGCCGCGCCCCCAUUCCGCCGUACGCCACCCAAUUUCCACAGCAAGGACUUCCUGGAGCUGGCCUUCGAGGAGCCUGUCUAUCCCACGGCGGUGGAGGUGCUGGAGACGUACCACCCUGGGGCCAUCGUCAAGAUCCUAGCUUGCUCACUCAACCCAUUCUCCCAGAACCCACCAGCUGAUGUUAGGUGGGAGGUUCUAUGGUCUGGCAAGCCCACUAAAGCUCUGACCCCUCAAGCACGGCAGUUCUCUCCCAUCAUCAGGCAGAUCAGCUUUGCCACCAAUCUCCUGCGCCUGGAGGUGAACAGCUCUGUCCUUGAAUACUACACUGAGCUGGAUGCUGUGAUUCUGCGUGGUGUUCGGGAGAGACCCAUUCUGGCCUUCUAUAAGAUUCCCGUCAUCGACAUCAACGAUCUGAGUGACAGCGAAGAGGAGAUCAGUGAGGCAGGAGGCCUCUGUUGCCGGUCAGGUGGAGAUAACAGGCACAACCUGGGGAAUGGCUACUUUGAUAGACUCCCUUAUGAGCUGAUCCAGCUAAUCGUCAGUCACCUGGCACAUCCGGACCUGUGCCAACUGGCUCAGAGCUCCAAGCUCUUUCACAAGCACUGCUGUGACCCACUGCAGUAUAUCCAGCUCAGCCUCCAGCCAUACUGGGCCCGGCUCACUGACACCUCUCUGUGCCAUCUGCAGAGUCGCUGUACCCUCCUGCAGAGGCUAAAUAUGUCCUGGACGGGCAACCGUGGAGCCGUGACGGCCGCUGGCUUCUGCAGCUUUAUGAAGGCCUGUGGGUUAAGUCUGGUGUGUUUAGAGCUGUCGUGCUGUCAUUUCCUGACUGAAACGUGUUUAGAGGUAAUCGCCCAGAUGUGUCCGUGCUUGCAGGAGCUAAAUUUGGCUUCCUGUGACCGUCUACAUCCUCAGGCCUUCAGUCACAUCGCCAAACUCACUAAUCUGCGCAGACUCGUGCUCUACCGCACUAAGGUUGAGCAAUCAGCCAUUUUGAGCAUCCUCACAUUCUGCCCAGAGCUCAGGCACCUUAACCUGGGAAGUUGUGUCAUGAUUGAGGAUUAUGAUGUGGUGGCGAGCAUGCUGAGCGCCCGCUGCCAUUCUCUGCGCUCCCUCGACCUGUGGCGCUGCAGGAACCUGAGUGAGCGUGGAAUGGCAGAGCUGGUUAUGGGCUGCAGGCUCCUGGAGGAGCUAGACCUCGGGUGGUGCUCUACACUUCAGAGCAGCUCUGGCUGCUUCCAGCACUUGGCUCGCAGCUUGCCUCGCCUACGCAAGCUCUUCCUCACCGCCAACCGCACUGUGUGUGACUCCGACCUGGAGGAGCUGGCUGAUAACUGCAGUGCUCUGGAGCACCUUGAUCUACUGGGCACACGGAUGGUGAGCCCCGCCUCUCUACUGAAGUUAUUGCAGUGUUGUCCUAAGCUAAAGCUGUUGGAUUUGUCCUUCUGCUCGCAGAUUGACUCUCGUCUUGUCCAAGAGCUCAGUGGCCUUUUCCCCAAUGUGUCCAUCAAGAAGAGUUUCACUCAGUAAAACUAAAUCCGUCCACAGGAGCAGCUUCACACAUGUACUCUUAAGACAUUCUGGUGUGCAUUUUGGUGCUGUGAACUUGUACAUACUGCCUUGAACUGCACAGAGCUGUGAACUGCCACAUGGAGGAAUUGGGUCGAAGAUGUUAUGGAUGUUUCACUUACUCACUGCUUGAAUGGUUUAGCUUUGUGUUGAAUCUCACACAUUUCAUCAGACCUCAGUUUUUUAUCUUAAUCUCAGGGUUUUAUUUUUGUCUCCAGAAGGAAAAACUCUUAGAGAGAGACAUUUGUAGUAAGCCGUACAACUGGUGAAUGGUUUUGUUUUAAAUAUAACUAAUGGACAAAUGUUCAGUUUCAGUGUUUUAUUUGCAUUGUUAAAUGGCGUGAAAUUCAUGUUGAAUAUCGUGAAAUAAUAUUAUAGUAACAUGGUCUACUAAAACUAUUUAUUAAUAUAAAUUCAGGUCCACAUUGACUUAAGUGUGGGCACAUAAAACUUUUGUGGCAAUACCCAGUUUGUGUGAAAUGUUGCCCAUAUCUUGAGUCAAUCAUGUUAUGCACAUGUAUGCACACAAUAGGGCAAGUACCUCAAUAUAAGCUUUUCUCUUUUGCAAAACUUGACAUUUAAUUUCCACAGGUGCAUGCUAGCUAGAUAAAAUAUUCUUGUGCCUUAGGUUUAAGGAGAGAAGUGCUUUGUAUGUGUGCUGGUCAUCUGUAUUGCGCUAUUCUAAAUUGUGAUUUGCCAAAAUCACCCUAAACCAAAGUGUCUUUUUUUAUUUGUAUGCAUAAUUUAAUUUUGAAAAACAAGGCAAUGUUCUGUAAUUUCUUUGAAGAUGUAGAAUUAUUCUAGUCAAAGAAAAAAAGAGGAAAGAAUUUGUUUAGUGCUUUAGUAUUAAAAAGUUGUUUUUUUUAAAGUGCCAGAUUUUUUUAUUUACCUGUUAUAUGUACUAAAACAUUACAUAAUAAACACCCUGUAAACAAGCAUCAAAGUAGAAACAACCUCAAAGAUGAUACAGAUUGUAUUUAUAGUAUGUAAGCUGUAACUUGUAAGAUGUAGAGAAUUACUCUAAUAAUGGAAAUUGUAUUAACAGCAUAGUUCACCCAAAAAUUUUGUCAUUUACUUUUGCUAAGUAUUUUUGUGUGAACUAUCCCUUUUAGCAUUGAUUCGGAUCUGAGAGUGACAGUUGUGAGGUCUUCGUUCAAUAAAGUGAGGCCUGAAAACAUUUUGUGCUUAUUUUAAUUUGA